CGUUGCUGCUGCUGCUGCAGUUGGCAGCGUUUCCCAGAUGGGACCGUCGAGAGUUGGCAACACUAACAAUAACAUGGCGGUCAGCUGUUGGAAGUCGAAGAGCAGUGGGUGAUUGGAGUAGCGAAAAAACCCGUCCGCGUAUCCGCGUAGAAAUUGCCGAUAAACUUAUCCCACUGCGCUAGAUGUUGUUCGAAGGACGUGACCGUCCGAUACGUCGGGAUUCGCAUGCUACCGGAGCGUCUGCGACUGACAGUCUACGACGAAGCUUGUGCCUGGUGCGAGCAUGAUACUACGGAUACCGUGCUUUGUCGAUACGGCGCUUCGGGUGAUCUCCUAUCAAUUGGCUCCCGCGAAAAGGUUUUUCGCACUCUACGCACCCGACUCCAACGGAGCGGUCUUCUGCCCGCGACAUUUUUCUUAGGUCACUGUGCAGUCUAUCGACAAAACAGGCAAGAUGUUGUACGUGUUUCUCGUCGAUACAGGCAAGAUGGUGACCUUUGAUAUGAACCACGCCGUUGAAAGUGUGGAACAUCUCAAAGCAGUGAUUUCUCAACGGUUCAAUGUGCCGCCUGAAAAACAAGUGCUGCUCAUCAGUGGAGGCGAAAGCCUGCAGCCGGCAGCUUCUGUGGGCAGCUAUAGUGCAGGCACGGACACCAAUCCGAUCUUCUUCUUCAAUAAGGUUUCCAUUGAGUCGGACUCUCUUGACAGGUCCAGUGAAAUGGUUUCAUCAGACCAGGACAUGUCACUUGAGCUGGAAGCUGUGGUUGACAUGCCGCCUUCGUUCAACACCGUGGUUACAAGGACACAGCUUGCUCAGGAAUUUUGUGAACGUGCCCGGAUGGAAGUGAGAACCUCCGAACUUCUUGUCCACGAACAGCACCUGCAGCAGCAGGGCUGGGCUGCUGUGGUUGCCAACCUUCAAGACAUGACGGCGAGUCUGAGGAACAAUGCAGGAGUCAUUGAACAGGAGUUGACAGAGUUCCUUCGAAGUCGCCAGCAGCACACGGAGCUGCUUGAGAGUUUGGAUGAAGAUAUUGUACUCCUGGGAAAGAUUCCUGUUCUUCCGGCACUGCUGUGUUCCGUGCAUCAGGAUGAACAGAAGGGCAUGAUGUUGCUAGACUGGAUCAACGCCACGGACAGCAAAAGCAGUCUGAAGGAUAUGGCCGACCAGUGCAAGGCAUGCCUGAAGCAGCUUGUUGCGGAAGGCCUGGAGAAAUGCCGCACGGAGGUGCAGAAGGUGAUGGAGCUGGUGAGCAACCCGCGCAUGCUGGAAAUUCGCGGUGUCGAGGAGUGGCUGUACAACCUCGACGAGCUCAUGGCCAGAGCGCGCAAGCUCGAGCAGGACCAACAGGAGCACCUGCAGUCCUUUGUGCAAAACCAAUCGAGCUUCUCCCGCCUCAAGGAUCCCAGCGUCCUGCCUGACUUGAGUGAGAGCCACGUGAAGCAGCUCAAAAUUAUGCUGCAAAACCAUGAGGGUCUGCGUGACAUUCGGCGCCGCUGCGUCUCGGCGAAAGAUCACCUAUCGAAAAACCUCAAGGAACGGCUGCGGUGGGUAAUUUAUGUAGAGAAGGUCAUCUCGGAGGCACAGCUGAGCUUCAUGUUCACCACACUGGCCACCCGGCAGCUGCGCAGGCAGCUCGAGAUUUGCCGCCAGAUCCACAUGGCACCGCACACUUACCUCCGUGCUGUCACCGAGGUCAUCCGGCGGCGCCACUUCUCCCACAACUUCUUGCAGUGGGCAGGCACAUUGUCAUCACAGUGUCAGCAGCUGCACCAGCAUGAAGUGCAGACCCGGAGGGACUUCAACAGCCAGUUCUCCAAGCACUUCCUGCACGCCCUCUUUCCCGGCAUGGACGACCUGCCUCCACCAUUUGCAACUCGGAAUCCCAAGCCGUUUGAUGACAAUCUGCCUCUUCUGGCUCCCGAAGACUUGGAGUUCCUUCGGAAAGCACUUCCAGAGAUGUCAGAACUCCUUCGCGCUCCUGACACGGUCAUGUUGCCGACCAUCGUGCUGCAGCAAUCGGGUGCCACACAGUCCUGCCAAGAUGCCGCAUCACAGCCAGACGGGGAGGCUUCAUCAUCUUGCAUUUCACCGCACGCUUCUUGUCAGCAGCUGCAGCCGGAGGCGACCGAUUGUGAAACUGACGAGGCGCUGCUGAGUGCUUCCGAGAAGGACUGCCACGAUGGUACCUGUCCCGAAGAUCGCGAGCGCACCCCGAAACUGGCAGUGUCUGAUGACGAGUUUGAAGAGGUCUCCGACGAACCGACUACGGGCCUUGAUGCUGCCACUGUUGACAUCCUGGGCAUGCCAGCUCAUCAGGACACGAUCCUCUGCUCCCCGGACUCUUUGAAAACAAAAACUGCGGGCGUCUGUCAACCUGGCAGGCAAAGAAGCAAGUUUGGCCAACUGAGUGGGCUGAUUUUGUCAUCUACCCUGAAGAAAAUGAAACAGGGCCACACCUCACAAGAUUUCCAGACAGCAGACUUCUACAUCGACGAGUCAAUGCCUUCGUCGAUAUCGGACAGCAAUGGAGUUGUGCCUGCUGCACCAGGUGUUGCACCAUCGUCUGCUGUGGCAGCGCCCGUCCAGCAAGCUCAUGUGGCUGCUGAGCUUCAGCGGCAACUAGAAGAGAAAAGUGCCGCGCUGCUAGCCACUCAGAAGGAGCUGGAGAGGGAACGCGUGGAGAGGCAAGAGCUGAGGCAUAGCCUGACGAGCCUAUGCGAAGCAGCUGCGGCAGUGUGCUCGGACUCUCGCUCGGACGCUGUGUCGCUGCGCGAGGACCUGGCGGCCGCACGCCAGAUGCUCAGCCAGGAGGCGUCGCUCAUUGGGGCUGCCAUGGACACUGCCCUUCAGGCCCUGCUAGCCAGGCUCGAGAGCGAAAAGGCCGCGUCCAUAGCAGCCGAGCUGGACAGGGUGCAACGCGAGUUUGAGUCGGCGGACGAAGAACACCGGCGCCGCCUGGAGGUGGAGCACCUGAAACUGGAAGACGCCCACCGGGAAGUGCACCUGUACCAGCAGCAGCUCCAGCAGCUGUCACAGCUCACCGACAGCCUGCGGAACGACUCAACCCUCGCCCUUGCCACGCUGAAGAACAGCUUGCAACAGGAGCAAGAGUCUGCACUCGCCAAAGCCACACUCGAGCACGAGCUGGAGCAGGAGGCCCUGCAGGAGCGACUGCGCGCCUUCGAGAGGAGCCACGAGGAGGAAGUGCAGGACCUCAACGAGUGCAUCUGCGAGAAGGACCGGCAGAUCCAGAUGCUGUUCCAGGAGAGGCAGGGCCUGGAGGAGCAGCUGCACAGCCACUUUGCAAUGGAAAAAGAGGAGCUGCUUGCACAGUGCCGCCAGGAGUGCGCCCAGAGGGAGCAGGCCAUCAGGGAGGAACUGAUUGCCCUCCACGAGCAGCAACUCAACCGGAUUCAACACUGCCACGAAGAAGCGAUACAAAAGGCCAAAGAACAGACGAGGCUAGAGCUUCAGCAGGAGUGGGAAAGUAGGAUGCCAGAUUUCAAGCUGUUGCAGAGGAGGGAGUCCAUUGAAGACUUGGACACCGCUGCAGGCGACUCCUGCUCUCUCGAGGAGACAAAACCUGACCCGUGCGGAGAGAGCAUGAUGGAGUCCACUGUGAAACUUCCCCACUCGGCUGACCCCAUGCUGCUGGAGUUAAGGAGUCAAUUGCUUGAGAAGCAAAAUGAAGUCAAUAGACUGCAGCAACAAGUUAUGGCCAUGUCCGACAACUUUGGCACCCAGCUUCCACCGUCCUCCGUUGACAAGGUCUCCAUCCUCACAUGUCAGCCUGGUGACAUUGUGCUUCUCUGCUACGACGAAGGUCACCAGAAUUAUGUCCUCUUUGUGUUGGGCCCGAACUUGCACUUUCUGCACACGGACUGCCUCGACACCCUCGGCCUCAAGACAGCACCUGGCACAGUUCGCAAAGGUUGGGUCCUGGCUGAGGUUGUCGAGAAAGAAUUCUGUCAAGCCCGCAAGCCGCAGAACCGAUAUCAUGUGCCCGCUGGAACCCGCUUCUACCGGGUCAAGGCAAAGCCAUGGGACAAGGAGGCUGCUGUGCGUCGUGAGCAGCAGCGGCGGUCGUCACUCCGCAGUCUCACUCAGUCAUCGCUCAUCACUGCCAGCUCUGCCGUCGAGGAAGUGGCCCCGCCCCCUCCUGCCCAAUCGGAGGGCGCCUCCGCCGGAGAGCCCUAUCGGCAGCCCGUCGAUUCCUAAGUUGUCCACCCUCUUAAAAGACACACUUCAAGGACUUCUGUUGUUGAUUUCACAGUGUGCCCAUGUGGUGCCCAUUCUUGUUUUCAUUUUUUUUUUCCCAGUUCACUGCUCUUCUCCAAUUGUGGCCACCCAGACUGGCUAACGGCUGGCCAUUUUUUUUUUUCAUCGCAAAAUUAUUUAGUCUCUUGCUGUGCAUCCACCACCCCCUGUUUUUAGUGCGACCCAGACCUGAAAGUGAUGCUGGCUUCCCAGUGCUUAAGAGUGCUCGGCACAAGAUAGCUGCAUGCAGCACUCUUCGACAGUUUUUCUUGCUGCAGGCACCCCUUACACUAACUGGCUGACUAGCAGUUCAGUAAUUAAUCUUGGGUCAUGUGUAUUGACACAUUGGUUUGGCUACAGGAUAGGGUUUGGAUGAAUUGCUGUGAUCUGAGCGCUCAUGACUCUCCUCCUAGCAAAAGUGUUCAUCAGCCUCUCUAUUUUACUCUUUUUUUUUAUUGUACCUGCCCUGUAGGUAUUUUAUUUACAAAGCCUCAUUGUAGUUUGUCCAGAGCACAAGGUGGGUUUGCGACAACUGCUACUAACCUGUCUCCACAGAUGCCCCUUCUUUUUUAUGACGAUGGCUUGCUUCAAAGGCAUGGGCCUUAUCUUCCUGCUUUAGCAAUCUUCAAUUUGCUUCACAAACAGUUACAAUAGUUCUCUGCUGUGCUCCAAAGGCAUAGCUUGUGCGAGAUAUAAGCUCACCUGUUUGAGAAAUAUAAACAUCUAAUAUAUGCGUAAUAGACGUAAAAAAAAAGAUGUCUAGAAGUAGACAUCUUGAUGAUGUCUUUUAGAUGAAUCGCACUGCUCGUGUUACACCCUGCACCUGAUUCAGAAGGGUGAUGAGCAUGACCAAACCAUCUCGGAGAUGGCAGAGAUACGCCACGGCUGCCAUAAUGAAGAAUUUGUGAACAUGGAAACUAUUAGAAGUGCUGUACAAUUUGGAACGCAGGUUGCAGCCUUCAUAAGGAAUGAGAAAAAAAAAAGAACAGGUGAAGAAGUCAUUUCUCAUUUCAUGCUGCAGCUUCUACCGAAACGUUGCUUCAUCAAGCGACAUUUCGGUUUGCAUGGUACACAAAGGCACGCAAAAUAUUUUUCGCCUAGGGUGCAAAUGCGAGCCCUUUUUCAACCAGCAAAGUUAGUCUGCUGAAUUUAGAUUCUGUUGCAUUAGUUAUAGUUUAUGUGGUUUUAUUUCAAUGCGAUAGCACAAAACAAGGUAUAACGCGCGGCGCAUUACAGAUGUAACGUUUAGUUGUUCAUGUUUUGUCGAAGUAUAUAAUAUUGUUGCGUUAAUUUUUUUACUGCGUUGUUCCAACUUUGUCGAGAAAAUCUGAUUAUUUAGCAUGCAUUUAUAAAAGGCUCAUCUGACGAUGGUUGUGAACCGCGACAGAAAUUUUGUCUUUUAAGCGUGCAAUUUGAAAUAACUGUUUAGAGCUGCUAAGUUUUAUUGCACAUAAGCAAGUAGCCCCUGGUGUAAGCUGAAGCAUUGGCUUGCGAUGUGAAUGUCGAUGAUUGAUUGUCUCGGAAAAGAACUCUUGAAAUGUGAAAACGUGGAGUUGUGAAAAACUUGCGUUCUCCGAACAUUGUAAACACAGUGCAUUGAGAGUGACAUUCUUUAGCACAUGAGAUUGACACAUGACAAUAUUUGGAGGUGGAAAAAAAAAAUCAAUUACUAUACUAUGGCAAGUUGUGCGGGCAUUGAUGGUAUGCUGCUGAUGUGGAAAAAUGUACUCUUUUUACGCACUUCUGCGAGUGGAAGCUAUGGUGGAGCUUCAUUUUGCUCUAUGCACCAAUGUCUUGCUUCAAGCUCUGGUGCCUUUUUUUUUUUCUCGUAUAACCAUAGCUCUGUUUCGGAAAUGGUACAAAGCUCGAAGCACGCUCAAUGGCACAUGGGUGGCCAUGUUUUACUUGUUCUGAAGAGACCUUAUGGUUGUACCAUGGUGAUGCCACUCCAAGCUGCAUGCAUUUUCCACCCUUGAUAAAUUUCUCUAGCCUACUCUCCCUAGAGGCAGUAACCUGUUUUUUGCUGAAGUCGCCAAAGAAAGAAUCGUAACAUGUGUAAUGACACCCACUAUUUGGGAGAUCCAUCUGGACUAUGUACUUCUUUCUUUCCAGAACAUGUUAGAAAAGAACCUGCUGUACAAAGGUAGAGGGUAGUUUGAAGAGAAGUGUCAAUCUAAGGUUCCUCUCCCGUACCCUCUAUUCAUUCUCUAAAGUGGCAAGUGUGAGGAACAGAUUUCCGACUUAUUUUUGGCGUGGCAUUGCAUGGUGUCGCAGUGCCAAUAUGUUACGCUGCGAGAUAACCAGACUAACACCGGCUGAAGUGCAUUUUGCAUGGUUGGUGUGACUGUAAGGAAAACCGUAUUCCAUAGAUACCUAUGUUGUCUGUAAAAUUGCGUAAUUGUUGCGAAGUACAGACCAACGGCCCAUGUUGCCAUGCUGAUGUACGCCGUAAAUAUCUUCCACGUAGUAGCUGCUUUAUUCCUUUGCAGCUGGGUAGGACUUUUCUUACAAAGGAACUGGCAAAUGCUCUUAGCACUAUCGCACAUCUCUUAAGAUACCUCUGUCUCUCUCUCUUCUAAGGGUGCAGGGGGCAGUUGGUGUUCUCUGUCAGACCAGCUACUAAUUCCACAGCAUAGUCAAGCCUCUACAGGUGCAUAGCAAGAAGCCUCGACUGAACGUGCACGGCGUUGUUUCACGCACUUGUGCUUAAUCAUUUCCUGUUCACAACUUUUCAGGUAUGCUGUAGAACGGUAGGAUUGUGUAGGUGUUAACCGUUUGACGUGCGCAAAAUCUUUCGUCAUCAGUCUUUUUUUUUUUUUAAGGAUGAGGUGCAGCACAAAGAGGUUUUGCUACCGUGCAGCUGCCGAGAGUAAGCGUUGUGCACAGCAGUACUUAUGUAUACCGGGAGCUUUAUUCUAAUGCUGACAGAAUUUUUAAUGUAAGUAUGGUACUAACCUUAAGAGCUGCAAUUACUCUUAAGAGGCCCAGCAUAGUAUCCAUGAGAAACUGAAAUGCAUCUUGCCUGCCGCGGUGGCUAAGCGACUGCGGCAUUCUGCCGAGCAUGAGGUAGGUCAUGGGUGUUAGUCCCUGCUGCAGCAGCAGCAUUUGGAUUGCUUAGCAUGGGUUUAAUCCACGAAUUGCAGCAUCUGCCCUAAGUAAUUAGUAGUGAUUAGUGAUUUUCUAUGACAUUCGGAACAUAAAUAUAAUGAGCACAUAUAUAACAAACUGAUAAAUAUUAUAGACCAAAUGUAAACUAUUUCCUUGUGAAUAUUAACAUGUAAAAAAUUUACGCUUACAGCAAAGUUAUUUUUGUAGAAGUGAAGUUUCGUUAUAACAAGAUCGGGCUGCAUAAGAAUAUGCAUUUUGCUUUUUCAUGCAAGUAAUGUUUGCCUAUAUAUGUAGUAAUUCUCCUCCUGGGCUAGGAGUAUGCUAUCUUCCGCAGGCGAUGCUUUAAAAAUUCGGUUAACAUUAAAAUCAAAUGCCCCAUAUAAAUAGUUUCCCUUACACAGUUACCUGAGAAUGUGCACACUAAUGAUGCACAUUAACUGCAACACCGCCCCUUGCAAGCAGCACGCUAGUUGUCCAUAGAAGUGUGUGAUUUCUAGGCUCUUAGCUUCUGAGACGUGCUUUUUGCAUGGUAUUUAUUAAUGGGCCAAUAUAUGUGUGGUUUGGGUGUGUGAUGUUUCAUGACGUCGCAAAUUGUGCUGGUAACUGUAUGGGCUUUGCUUGAGAAACUCCGUAAACGUGUGCAACUUGCUUUGAGCGAAGUUGACCUUGAAGUGCAUGUUCCUGCAUGUAAGGUAUCUAUAUGUGUAAUCGGUUUAGGCGGCCUUGGUAGUGGAGGGUAUUCCUUGGGUUUACCUCGAUCGGUUUCCUGAAUACCUGCGAUUCGGUGGUUGCCAAAUGUGCGCUUAUGACGUAUAGGUAUUGCUGGCUUAUGACGUAUAGGUAUUGCUGGCAUGUCCUUUAAUGUUAGGCCAUUCAAGAUGAGCAUGUUUUCUCGCUUCUUUUUAAAAUUUUGUGAAGCAGGGUCAAACAGCCGCAGAAAAAAAGUAAUUGACAACAGGUGUCAGCUAAAUGAGAAUGGGCAGCUUUGGCUGUUGAUGAACUGAUCGUCACGGUGGCAUUUGCCUUAGAAUUGUUUAAAAAAUGUUUAUUUUAACUGACACUUUCAGAAUAUCUUUAAUUAAUUUUAGUUAUUUAGUUUGCAGGUUUAAAGUUGCUUACACAAUAUUUUUAUGAACCUGCAGGGUAUAAUGAAAUCUUAAAAAAAUUCUUUUUGACUUUACCCACUAAAAUCGUCCCGUAUGCAUUGUCAGAGUGUCAUGUAUUUUCCAUGCGUAUAAUGCGAGGAAGUUGCAGAACUGUGACAAUGUGUUUAUAUCUUUUAUAAGGAAAAUGCAGUUGCGCCAUCGCUGCAUGAAAGAAGUGUUGUGUGGUGUGUUACAACAGAACAAAAGUUAAACAGCAUAGAGUGCGUAUGUACCAGGGUUUUCCUUUUAAACUACGAGGGUUUUGAAUAGUGUCUCAAGAUGCAAUUCUUAAGGGCUCUGUGUGGAACUGGAACAGCUAAAGAAACAUGGGAACAGGUUAGGGGAGGGCCCACUUUUUCUGUACAUACGCGAGGCAUGGUGAGAAGCACCAAUCUCGCCUUUGUUUUUAUCGACUGCUAUUGUAUAGGCGAGGCACUGAUGAGGUAUUUGUACAGCAAAUGUAAACAAAUAAAUGUAUUUGAUAAGUAU